AUGCAGGGCGGUUUCAUUUUAUCAACCCCGGUUCUUAUUGAAUCUCCCUCCUGGCUACAUGGCCGAACUCAGCAGAGGGUAUUGCCCCGUUUCGCAGCCGUUAAUUUGAGGAAACGAUGUCGCAGCCCGGUGGCACUUGCAAGCAAUGCACUCAUUUCCCAGUCAAUCCCACUGCUCCUUGCAGAAGAAGACCUUACACGCCAAAUCUUUAUGGGUGGAAUUGGUAUCAUUAUGUCUGGUAUUGUUGGUGUCUUCAUUGUGUCACUGCUUAUCCGCAACAACAUGGAAGCGGUAAGUAAUCAGCGUAAUACUUUGCCACGCGGGUCGGACAGAUUUGCAGCAACAGUAUCGAGUUGUCUGACUCGGUUAUUUAUUUCAAUUCUUCACCGUUAUGUGUUGCAAUAUUCAACAUGGAUAUCAUUGCCUGCAGAUUGA